CAUUACUGCAUUGCUACCAAUAAUAAUUUUAUUAAAAAUUGAAAUAUUAAUAAUAUUGAAUAUUGAUGUACUUUGAUUAAUUUAUAAAUUCUUAUUGUUAUCAGAUAGACGUUGGGUGUGUCUGAAUAAUUGUGGACGUACAUAUUUAAACAAAAAGAGUCUUAUCCGUCAUUUAAGGUACGAAUGUGGUGUUAAACGACAGUUUCAAUGUUCUAUGUGUUUUCAUCAAUUCAAACUUCAGUGUCAUUUGAAAAAACAUUUACGAAAAUGUAUAUUGCAUUUCAUCAAACGGCCAUUUUAAUGAAUACAACAAAUCCUGAAACAAAAGUCCGUUUCUUCUGUUUAAAUAUGUGUGGUCGAAGCUAUAAGAAUAAACAGCAUUUGACCCGCCACAUGACCAGUGAAUGUGGUGUACAACCAAAGUUUCAAUGUAAAUACUGCAAGAAAUGUUUCACAAGAAAACAAACAUUAAAAAUACAUAUAGUAUCUGUGCAUAACCGUUCACCUGAUGAAAUCCAAGGAAACCCUCGUCACUGUUUAAAUUGGACAACUGAUAAUUGAAUUGUAUUAUGUCUUAUAUAUAUAUAUAUAACUUUUUAGUUUAUAUGUUUAAACGAGCUAAGAUUGCCAUUUAUACAUCCUAUUAUUUUACAAAAUUAUAAUUUCAUUCUUAUAGUUGUA